AUGAAUCGUAAGACCAGCGCAAUUUGGGAUUAUUUUAUAAUAGUUGAAAACGAUAAAGCUAAAUGUAAUUUUUGUAAAAUAGUGCUUAAAUUUAACCAAUCGUCAACAACUAAUUUAUUAAGACAUAUUAGAUCAAAACAUGUAACAAUUGAUUUGUCUAAACGAAGAAGGCCAAAUGAUGACGUGGACGAAGAAAACAUAGAUGAUCCUUCUCCGAUGUCCAUUCAAAAUCCGUCAACUUCAAUUUCUUUGGAUAGAGAAUGUCCCCCUCUUGUUCACCAGCCAGCACGUAGUCAACAACAACAGAUUUCCAAUUUUCUUAGCAAACCAGUUACAGCAUCUAAAAGACAGUUGAUUGAUCAACAGGUAAUAAGAAUGAUCGUUAAAGAAUAUUACCCUUUUAGUAUAGUUGAUGAUAAAGAAUUUAAGAAACUUAUAAACAUGUUGAAUCCGGGCUAUUCACUUCCCUCUAGAAAAACUCUUACAGGUUCAUUACUUCCUGUUCUAUAUAACAAGAUUUCUGAUGAAAUUAAAUCAGAUAUAGAAGUUAACGCACAAUAUGUUUCUGUAACUACACACGCAUGGACAUCUUUGAAAAAUGAAAGUUAUAUGGCAGUGACUGUUCAUUUUAUAGAUAAGUCAUGUCAAUUAAAAUCUUAUCUUCUUCAAUGUGCAAAAUUUCCUCAGAGACACACAAGUGAAAACAUUAAAAAUUCUCUUCUAAAUAUUUCAAAGAUUGGGGCUUACAAAAUAAAGUGGCAGCAUGCACAACAGAUAAUGCUACAAAUGUUACUGCAGCUAUUCGAUUGUGUAAUUGGAGACACAUAUCAUGCUUUGCUCACAGUCUUAACCUUGUUGUCCAAUCAUCUUUGCAAAUUAAAAACACCACUGCUCUCUGCGUUAGCUGAUUUGAACUACGACAAUAACUUGACAUCUAAUGAUUGGGAAAUAAUAGCUAAGUCGGGUGAUAUAUUAAAACGGUUCAAUGAAAUCACCAUCGAAAUGAGCAGUGAAAAAAGUCAAAAUAAUGCAUUACCUGUACCAGCUUUGUCGGAACCGAUAAACGUUGAAAUGAACCAGAACAUAGAUUCUAUUUGGAACGAAUUUGACACAGAAGUAAGCGAUAUAAUUCAGUCUCGAAAUCCUACCGCUGUAAUCAUAAAUGAAGUAUAUAAAUAUCUCCAGGAGCCACUGAUUCCAAGAACUGCAGAUCCGCUUAAGUGGUGGAACGAAAAUAAAAACAUUUAUUCUACAUUAUUUAUAAUAAUGAAACGGCGCUUAUGUGUUCAAGCUUCAUCAGUCCCGAGUGAGCGUGUAUUUUCAAAGGGUGGACAAAUUGUAACAGAAAAACGUAGUAGACUGACUAGUAAAAGAGUAGAACAAAUAAUUUUUUUAAAUUGUAAUUUAAAAUAA